CCUGGGCACAUGAAGGUCGCGAAGAGUCAUUGUGUUGAGUGCAGAAAACGUUCACGGGACAGAAACGUUCACGAUCUAGCAGACACAAGGUAGUGUCGGUGGUGCGCCGCUUACUUCGACUUUCCACAUAUAUGAUUCAACUGCCCGUCACCGUCGCCUUUCAGGCAUUUUGCCCCCACUGACAUAAUGCUUUCUCUGCUGCUGAAAGCCCCCAGAACAGGGUCUGGCUGGGGGCAUCUUUUAUAUCAGAGAUCCCACGAUGCACUUUCGCGGCCUUUGCGUUCCACAUUGUGUGUUUUUCUGCUCGGAUUGUUGGUCUGGAGUGUCGUAGUGAGUUCUAGUUCUUCUGAUGCUGUAUCGAUCUCCGACCCGACGCCUUAUACAGCCGAAGAGCCGAACACGCCACCUCACACAGCCCAGAAUAUUGGAGAUUCACAGGAAAGCGACCCAGAAUCACCUGGAAAACCAGGGGACAGGGACAGCGGAGUUACGCCGGGCACUGCACAAUCAGCUGAAGCGAUGCCUAGAUCUGACGGAACAGCCAAACACACAUCUGAGAAUGUUCCUGAUGAUGACGAUGAAGAGGCAGGCGAGCCGGCAAAGAGACGCGACCUUGAUCCGGGGACCGAAAUGUCAGCGCGUGAAACGCCCUCCACGAGCUCGGUUUUCUCUUCGGCAAACACGCAGGCGGACACCCAAUCCCGAGAAGAAGCAAUGCAAGGAGAGACAUCACACCAUGAUGUAAUGUCCUCGGAUCGUUUUAGCGAAGCCAACGGAACAAAUGAUACACACCAAGCACAUGAAAAUCAUACAGAGCUUGCCACCGAGGCGGAGAGGACGCAAACAAUCCCUCAAUCUUCUCUUUCGCAGACACCUGUGUCCGCGGGGAUGCCAACAGAACACGACCGAACCGAAGUAGAGGAGAAACACGAGAGUAAAACUCCUCUGUCAGAGGCGCUGCCCGAACCUCUGGAUGCACUAGGCUCUCAUUUGUCCGCAGGUAACAAUACCAACAUGAUGACGCGCCUUCAAAGCGAAGGAACUCCAGAUAGUCUCCCGAUCGCAUCCUCUCUCGAAACACCUGCCUACCCUGGCACUUCGAUCGAUGGUGAUGCCUCACAGAAAUCAUCAGAGAUGUCGAUCACCCAUCAGUCUGACAUGUCUGAUUCCCCCGAGAUCAAAGUUGAGACGGGCAGUGCUGCUGCUGCCGAGCAAACCCCAGGAACGAUUACUCGUUACGGGAGUAUAGAUGCAGUGACAGGGAGUGAAGAAGGACUCUCUGCCGGUGAAUCAGAGGCGGCGGAGACAGACUCCUUACCUGGAAGCUUGCCAGAGCCUGAAACCACACACGCUGCUCACACUACGGUGCCGGUGGUAGCUGAUGCGUCUGCGUCUGCCGCAGACAACGAGGGAGGAGACGAUGCACGAGAUCAUCAGGACCGUGUGUUUUCGGCUCAACAGGUCCGCAACUCUACAGAGCCGGCGAUGGAGACAAUCGUCAUCCCGGAACAAGAGGCUUUCGUUUCACCACCCCCGAACAGAGGGACUUCCACCGAAGUAAAGAACGCCGGCACUGAACAGCAGGCUGGCGACGACAGGCAGCAUGCGCAAGCAGAUCCUGAUGCCGCCCCCCGGAUCCCUGGCUCUGACCACGUAAGGUUGGAAAUGGACGCUAAGGGAAACGAUGGGCAACAUGGUGACAAGGUGACGGCAGGAGAGGAAGCGCUGGCAUCUGAAGACGAAACGGGCACGAUGACACCGUCUCAGCCACAUCAAUCAGUCUCUGGCCAAGAUGCGGGAAAAGACACGGAGGAAAACGAAACCUCGGCGUCGCCAGCGCAUGUGGCUGUGGAGGUUGGAAGCGCGGAAGGAAGUGAAAAUCCGCUCUUCGCGACAGAGCACGACCACCUUCAGCAUCCCGCACCAGAAGAGAAGUCAGCCACGGAGAAGCCGACGUUAAGCCCGGCAAAUAGUACAGACAUUCAGGAGCAAAACGAGGAGUCGAAAACAGAUGCAACGGAACAAGUGUACGCACACAGCUCGAUGCAAGUGCAACCUGAGACGGAGGGAGUACGGCCUUUCUCUCCCUCCACUGCACCUCAACGUGCCGCCGAAGAUCCAGAACGCUCAGACGGUCCGUUGUUUGGCGUACACGAAACUGAGACGGACGCACAUUCACACCAUGAGUCUACGACAGCUGCAGACUCACCACUUUCGGGUCCCCUAACGGAUUUGUUUGUUCCGACGGAAAACUCGGAGACCGAAGAGCACGAGCACCCAGAGGAGCAUAUCGGGUACACCGGAACAGCGGGCGUAGACGAAGCAGAGAAAGCGGAGCCAAGUUUCCAUCACGGGGUGGACGUUGUGUCAGACGACCAUUUGCCGUCGUGGGUCGAGGGUGACGAGGAAACGCACCGUUUCAACCCGGACGACGAGUACUCGAGUGGGUACGGCGUUGGCGAGUACGAGCAGGACGAAGACACGUUCUUCUCGUUCCGUCCUGCACACGAGCAGUUUGAUUUGCCGCAGUCUGGAGACGACAGCUCCUUCGUUGAAACUCACGAAUACGACGGACGAUUCCAGGAGAUGCCGAUCGCAUCUCGGCACCGAGCGAGCGAGGCGUCGCCGCCGCUCCAGACCCCCCGUCCUGCAUCGUUCAGUUUCUUCGGCCGUGUCAGUCCGUCUUCGCAGACGAAGAAAAACGAGGUAAUGCCCUCUUACUACGACAGUCACCAGUCCCACGAAAAGGCAUUUGAAACUGCGCACAAACCGUCGCCGAUCAUCAAUGCGUACCGCAGGUUCGGGGGCCGCCACGUCGACGAAAUGAACGCACCCGGCGAGGCCGUCGCUGACGAAGAAGACACCGUGUUGGUCGGUCUCCAGUCUUCACAGCGACACGAGCAAGAGAAAACGCAAGUCGAAGACGACAAUCAGCGAGAAAAUUCCGAGGUUUCAUCCCCUCGGCGACGGGCAGAGCCAGAGGAGCACGAACAUGAAGAGGCGGCAGGGUCCGGUGACCACCCUGAACAGUCUCAGCAGGAGCCUGGGUCCCCCUCGCCUUCCUUGAAGGAUGCUACUACCCAUGCUGUCACACCUUCCAGUCCUUCCAGCUCCCCGACUUUCACCGAAGAUGUGGCUUCUGACAGAGGUGAGUCCUUGUCUCCCGAUGCAGGGGCAAACAACGUGGAGGCACCAGCCUCCGCGGAUUCAUUGUCACAAGAGAAAACACAGGAGGCAGAAGAGGAUGGAGACCAUCCGUCUGCAGCUGGACAGCAAGUUGCUCCGACUCCCUCUGCAGCUGGACAGCAAGUUGCUCCGACUCCGUCUGCCGCCGACUCUUCUGCAGCCAACGAAGCAAUCAACGGCGGAUCCGUCUCCGAUCCGCGUGAGGGGAGGUGUUCUCGGGAGGAACUCGAAGCGCUUACCGAGUAUUUUUCUGGGCAGUCAGACACCUGCAGUGCGUAUCGGUGCAUUGAGGUGGAAGGUAUGGAGUUCCACGAGCGACUUAAGGAGCACUACGGCUCCGUGUACGAUGAAGCGCAACUCGAGGAACUGGCGGGGCUCUUUGCAGCUUGCUACUGCCGAUGUCCGAUGAUGAAAUGUGAAGUCGACUACGUCAUGGAGAGAGGCUCAGAUGCAUGCAAAGAAGCCACAGUCGAAUACUGCGAACAAUCCAACGAAAAAUUUGUCGACCGGUGCACCUCUGCCGCCGAGCAGUUGCCCCUCGUUUACGACCUCAGCGCUGACACUGGUGGCUUCAAGCUCCCCUGCAGAGUCUGCAGGCGUGAGGAUCUUGACCAGCCAGGAGUUUCUACGGGGUCUGUCCAUCAUUCUGUGUCGUCAGCCCCUUCUGACGUGCGUCCGUCCACUUCGUCAGAAAAUACCCUUCCCCCCAGUGGAGGUUCUGUGGACCUGGAUCGGCGCCACGGCCGGGCACCGUCGCCAACGUACGGCCGCGAGACCGGCAAUGAAACUGGAAUUUCUAGCGGCGCCUCUGCUGGGCAGCCUUCCACGCAUCCUACCGGGUCAGGGAAUCCGUCUGAGGCAGACGAAAGUGGGCGAAAUGAUGAGCACGAAGAACACGAGGCGGGUUCGAAUGGGACCGGCUGGGGUAGACCGUUUUCGCCAGACACCCCAACGUCUCAGUCUGAGAGUUCCCGUCCACCGAGUUUCAGCAGAGAAGAGGACAAGGAAGCUGGCUACCCAGGGGGUUCGUCGCAAGUCUCAACGAUGCCAUCGUCCCAAGGAGGCGCGGAAGGCGCGUCUGAAGAUUUGUCUCCUCUCUUAGGUGGAGAAACCGCUGCCGGAGCCACCAUGCACGGACCGGGCGAAGUUCUCUCGCCUUCUGAGUCUAGCCAGGCUUCUGAGUCGACUGCUGUGACCACAGUGCGUCCAACAACGACGGGAAGUGUUUCUGCAACUGGCAGCGCGCAUGCGGAAGGAGAGGCUGGAGGUGAAGCGGUGGAGGCGCUGAACGAGGCUGGGGCGGAUGCCAUGGCCGCUAGCAUUCUGCUGGCAUUGGGAGGCAGCCUAUUGGGGAUACUGGUCACCCGGGUGGCGUGACAGAGGUGACGCCAUGUCGGAAAUAGGGAGCAGCACGCGAU